UAUUUGUUUAUCCACAUAAUUUUUUCAAAAAAAUUUAGCCUAAUCCCACUUAAUUCAAGGAUUGAGUUAGACCGGUCUCACAAGCCAAUCCCAUUUUAACAACUCUAGCUACCAAACGACCUCGUAGUGUUAUAGCGAUAAGAGUUUUAUAACUUGUAAUAGCCCGUUUGGAUUAACUUAUAAGCUACUUAUAAGCUGUUUUCAGCUUUUUUGAGUGUUUGGUUGGCCAACUUAAAAUCAUUGUGUACUUAAAAUAAGUUCAAAAAAAUAAUUGGAUUUGUUUGACUUGACUUAUAGGUUAAAAAAAGUUUAUCCAUACCGGCUCUAAAUUUCCAAAAUCUAGUCGCUUCCUUUUUAGACUUUUUAAUAGCGUUCCCGCGUCAACACGUCCGUCUUGAGACCGUUUCGUCUUGUUUUUUUUUUCUUUUUUGGGUAUAAAAGGAGGCGUCCAACAUUCCUAUCAGCUACAUCUUCUCCCUGGGCUCGCGUUUAUCUUUUUGUGUCGCACCCAUGUCGUCUUCUUCUUCUCAACGAAAAACUUUACAAAUCGGCAUAAUUGGAUUUGGCCCUUUCGCGCAGUUUUUGGCCAAAACCAUGAUGAAACAAGGCAAUUUUAUCAGGGUAACUUCAAGAUCAGAUUAUUCAGAGCUGUGCACAAAUUUGGGCAUCCUGUUCUUCAGGGAUAUGGGUGCAUUUCUUGAAUCGGACAAUGAGGUGAUAAUGAUAAGCACGUCCAUCCUGUCUCUAUCACGAGUUGUGGAGUCCAUACCAUUCCAUUGUCUCAAGCGGCCUACACUUUUCGUUGAUGUGCUCUCUGUUAAAGAACACCCCAAAGAUGUCCUUUUGGGAGUACUGCCGGAGGAGUGUGACUUGCUGUGUACACACCCAAUGUUUGGACCAGAAAGUGGUAAGGAUGGAUGGACAGACUUGACUUUUAUGUACGACAUGGUUCGAAUUAGAGAUCAACCCCUGUCUUCUAGCUUUCUCCACAUUUUCUCAAGUGAGGGUUGCAGAAUGCUGGAAAUGACUUGUGAAGAGCAUGAUAGAUUGGCUGCUCAAAGUCAAUUUCUAACUCACACAAUCGGCAGGAUCUUGUCGGAAAUGGAGGUUGAACCCACGCCUAUAGAUACAAAGGGAUUUCAGAAACUUGUUCAAGUGAAGGAGAGCUCAGUUAAAGAUAGUUUUGAUCUGUUCAGCGGGCUAUUCAUCCACAAUAGGUUUGCCAGGCAACAGAUGAAAAAUUUACAAGUAGCAUUGGAGAAAACUAAAGAGAAACUUCAAGAGAGAUCAAAGGAGCUGCAGGAUCCUAUCAUAUCGAAGUUCUAACAACUGCUGAGGAAUACUAAUGAAUGGGAACUUCAUACUCGCUUUCUUGGUCUUGUAAUAUUUCGUUGAUUGUAUCUUUCAAGUUUAAAUUUGUUUCCAACUUUUACUAAGACACAUCCCAAGGAAUCAAUCUAGACAAUUCAGCUCUAAAAAUGAAAGGCAUUUUGUUAAGAAUCGACAGUAAAAGUGUUUCAUUGCUCGGA